CGCUCCCUCUUAAUCACUGCAACAUAUAGUGACUCUACCACUAGGGUGUGUUUUCUCAAAGUCACUGCAAGUUUCCUUUACCGAUGGAUCAAAUGGCCCACCAUGCAAACAGUGAUCCUACAACUAGGGUGUGCUUCCUCAGAGUCACUGUAAAUUUCAUUUGCCCACAGAUCGAAUGGCCCACCACCUAGGCUCCUUCAUUGCCUAUAUAUAUGUCACCCUUCACUUCUCCCAUGGCUCUUCACAACAAGCAGCAAUGUCUUCCUUGUCAGUUGAUGAUCCCUCUCUCGGUCCAGAGUGGUGGACUAAACAGGAGCCAAAAUUUAAGGAGGCAUUCCCACCAAGGGAUAAGAGCAAUUUUCGAUCUAUGCGUAGUGUUAGACUUUACAAUCCUAAAAAACCGGUGCAGUGGCCAUAAUGCAUGCACAAUGAGUUCUGCAUAAUGCAAGUUCACAAUGGACCUUUAAACACCGAUCGUCACUUCUGGCGCUGCCCACGAGCAUGGUACUCCCACCAACCAAAGAACUGCGGUUUCACGAGAUGGGUGGAUCCCCCAGCUAUUGAUCCAUAUCAAACCUACAUCGCCUACCUCGAGGACUUCAUCGACAAGCUGAAGCAGGAGCUCGCGAAGGCACUGGUUCUUGCAGAUCGCUUGUCAAGCGAAGACGACGGAGAACCAAAGUCAGCUUCCCCCUCGUCUAUGGUGUUCAAGACGAAUACCGGUUGUGUGGACGAGUGGUGCUGCCCAUAGGCAUGUUAGGACUAGCAACGACGCAUGUUUAGGUUAGUAGUUGCGUCGUACGUGCCAUUGCAAAUUUGUGUAUCGUAUCCGCAUGUUAUUAUUUCUUCGUGUAAUUUAAAUGAUGUUCGAAAGCCGGUUGACCCUUUACCUUCAAUGGUUUUUGCUACAGUAGUAGAAUAAAUCUUUAAAUAGACAACA